AUGUUUACUAAAAAUGAAUGCUUGAGUAUAAUGAAAAUAUAUCCCAACCAUCGUGCAAAACUAGGAUUGGGGUGGACCAGAGGAUCCAGCACAAGGUGCAGGGUUCCGGAAAGAACUUCCAACCAUGGCAAAGGGAAAGGAGUGCGGCCAAAAGGUGAAAGAGGAUUGGGUAAAAGGGAAUCUGAGGUGAUCUUACGCAAGACUGGUUCAUUUGUACAAGUUGGAUCGGGUAAGUUUUAUUUUCUGUUUUCUAUUAUGGUCUAUCCAGAUGUUGAAUUUGGACAGCUAACGGAUGGCCACCUAACUGUGUUUCUUCAUCAUUCAGGUGUAUGUAGAACGUGUAGAGAGAGACUGAAGGAGAUGAUAGAUACUGAAGUGCGAGAAAGAAUGACGUUGGUGAGUAUUACUCACAAUGUGACUAAGUCAUGCUAGUCAUCUCGACUUUCAAAGUUAAAAUUGCUUCUCGUUAAUUGCUUGAUUGAUCAGCUGUUGUUUUGAUUGUAUGUAGAGCAAUGGGAAGUAACGUGACGUACGUGCGUCAUCCGCAAGAGAUAUGACUGUUCGGCAUCCGUUUGUUUGUUUUCUUGUUAGAUGUCACACAUUCGUAAUAUCAUCUUUAGUAAUCCAUCCCUAGUGGGAGAUGACUAAAUAUAAUUAUAUUCAUCGCAUAGAGCAUUCUGAACGAGUACAGGUCUGGGUACAAGACUGUUAAGAUCAAUAUGAAAGUCCAACCUUCGAAAAUCUGCUGAUAGUUAUUAUUUUUAUACAGAACCUCAUAAGCAAAAUAAGCUACUACUAAGUCCAUGUUGUUUUUUUUAUUGGUUGCGCUUGCGUAAUGCAAGCUAAGGUGCUUGCGCUAGGUUGAGAACACAGUUUUAAUCUUUGUAGUUUUAGUGCAUGGUGCUCAUUGGGAAGGUAAAAAAAAUUAGCUUUACUUUCUAAGGAUGAUGAGGUAACUUUCAACCUUAAGCAAGUAACUGGAAUAUCCCAAACACAAUAA